GUAGCGCGCCUCAGCUCCAUCCCAUGCGGAGUAGGUUCCCAAAACUACGCGUCAAUCUGAACAGAGAUGAUCAUCAUUGUACAGCACAGGAGAGGCAUUUCAUCUGAUAGCCUAAAUUCCGCUACAGAACACCAUAUGCUGAUUCUCAACUUGGUUAUGUAUUCAUUGUGAGCAUAGAACAGCUUCCUGGCUUAUCCCUGACACACGCCGAAGUUGAACAGAGUUUACUUUACUAACCACGAGUAAACCUGCCAAAUCGAAACUUUUCCGGUUCACAAACAGUAGAAGCACAACAGUCAUGGAAUAAUAAUCAUAUUAAGAGGAAAUCGACCACCAAAGGCCAAAGCUACCUGUUGUGAGUACGUUGCUCUCUGUACAUUGACUCCAGCUGCUACAGGUAACAACAGCGGCUGCGCUCUGCUCCAAACACGCUUCCAGUGGACGAGAGCGCGCACUGCCGGACGCAGACGAAAAAUGUCACUUUUACCAGCACAUCAUUAUUAAGCAAAGCUGCAUCUGAGAAACCAAAGGAAUCACUGCUUCACAAAAAGUUGUGUGCAGAAUUUCACAGAGCAAGAAGACACCCACACUCCUUGAGACAAAUAGAGUUUGGUUAACUAUAUUAAAGUUUCGUGGGGGAAGAAACCCAAACUGAUAACAGUCCGAAAAUUUGCAAAAGUUGUUGAAUGACUUUGAGUUGCCCUUUUCAACUUAACAUUUCAAAAAUUUUCUGUAUUAUUAUAUUUUUGUAAUUACUAUUAUCAAAAGAAAAAAAUGUAUAUGUAUGCAAUCACAUGUGUAUUUUAUCAUUAUAUAAGUAUGUUAUUCAUCAUUUACUGAAACUCACUUGGUGUGAAUGCUUGCAGAGUCAUAUUGGUUUCUUUUUAAUGAGCAUUUGAAAGGAGAAGUAUGGCCUUGGAGUUGGGACUGAUACUUUUCCACUGAAGCCAUGCAACUACAUGAAUGCUAUAAUUUCACUCACAGGUUGUUUUCUCAACAGUGUGACAUUGAACUGAUAAGCAGGAACCUGAUGAUGAACUAAGCUGUCUUUGUUCUGCCAGCAGCCCACAGCUGCAACCUGUACCCUAUUUGGAUACUGUUGUAAUGUCAUUCCACUUGGGAGAUGAUGUUAGUGGGUGGGGGUGUCUGUUUCUUGACUGCAUAAAGGAUGUGUAAAAAUCUGAAUUCCUCAGUCAGAGGAAGCUGUCUGUUGUAAGAUGAGGCAAGCCCAUCAUUCCUUGUUACGUUUUUAGACAGAGAAUUGACACUUAAUGUUAGUAUUUUGAGGACAUUAUUUUACGCACUUCGAUAUCAUUUUGUAGGAAUCUGCACUUUUCCCCCAGUUUUUUUACCCAACUGCGGAGCUUACUAUAAGUCUUUGUGCACAGGCAUACUACCAUCUCUGCACCAGAAUCAUGUCAAUGCUCCACAGCGUCUUCCCAAGUGCAUCUGUCCACACAAUCAGACAUGGAGAUCAUGCCUCAUGUCCCAUCCUAAACCUCAGUGCGCUACUUACUUCAGAUCUCUCCUCAUUGCUUUCAUGUAUCACCUUGAUUGACAGCAUCAGGACAUCUAUCCUUCUUCUCUUGUUUCUUUAAACUGGAAUCCAAUCAAAAAUCCAUAUCCUUGAUCCCGGUAAUCCCGCAUCGCUCACAGUCCAGAUUGUGCCAAACCGCCGACUCAAAACCUCGUCACCAACUCACAUGCGGUCUGUGCGGAUUAAAGUCAACAAUCCUUCAGGCAUGGUUCAAGUUUUUUGUUUAAUAUGCUUCCUGGACAGCCCAUUUUCCUCCAGGAAGGGAUUUGGUUAACAGUCUGCGACGAUAAUCCUCAAAAACUGUUGGCAAACUCGAUGUUAAUCGCAUUUCAACAUUUACAUAAUUCUUAAACGGCGUGUAUAAUUUAGAGUAAUGUUAUUUAAUUAGGUUGGAAAUCAAAUACAAACAAAGAAACGUGUAUAUCCCCGGGCCUACCCCCUCUUCUUCCAAAUUGUUGGCUUGCUUGGUACAGUCCAAUGGAAAACGCCUAACCGAUCAAGGUGCGUUCAGGUGCAUGACUACAGUCUACUCUAUCAUGAUUCUAUACAAACAAUUGUAAGAACAAAGUCCAAUUCCAUUGAAGUUGGGAAAUUGCGAUAACCCUAAAUAAAAACAGAAUACAACGAUUUGCAAAUGCUUUUCAACCUAUAUUCAAUUGAAUACACUACAAAGACAAGAUAUUUAAUGUUCAAUCUCAUAAACUUUAUUUUAUUUUUUGCAAAUAAUAAUUAACUUUAGAAUUUGAUGGCAGCAACACGUGCCAAAGUAGUUGGGAAAGGUGGCAAAAAAUACUGAGAAAUUUGAGGAAUGCUAAUCAAACACCUAUUUGGAACAUCCCACAGGUGAGCAGGCUAAUUGGGAACAGGUGGGUGCCAUGAUUGGGUAUAAAAGCAGCUUCCCCAAAAAUUCUCAGUCAUACACAAGCAAGGAUGGGGCAAGGUUCACCACUUUGUGAACAGUUGCAUGAGCAAAUAGUGGAACAGUUUAAGAACAACGUUUCUCAAAGUACAAUUGCAAGGAAUUUAGGGAUUUCAACACCUAUGGUCCAGAAUAUCAUCAAAAGGUUCAGAGAAUCUGGAGAAAUCACUGCAUGUAAGCGGCACGGCCGCCAACCAACACUGAAUGCCUGUGACCUUCGAUCCCUGAGGCAGCACUGUAUCAAAAACCAACAUCAAUGUGUAAAGGAUAUCACCACAGGGCUCAGGAACAAUUCAGGAAACCACUGUCAGUAAAUACAGUUUGUCGCUACAUCUGUAAGUGCAAGUUAAAACUCUACUAUACAAAGCGAAAGCCAUUUAUCAACAACAUCUAUAUAUAUAUAUAUAUAUACAAGGAUUAUGAAAAAAUGAUAAAAAUGGGUAUGAAAUUUUGGUGGCAGGUCCCCUUUAAUCUUUUGGCUGCCCAGUUAUGCCCCAGAAUGGUUGAUGUGGGACUUGGACAGAAAUGAUUGGAAAAUUGACAACCAGCUCCAUUGCUUUGACCCGUAUGCACAUAAAAUCAUCCUCUAAUGAGGAAAACACGGGUGAGGUAUCUGAAGGGGACCCAUCUGCAGAACUACAGUAGGAAUCUCAGGCAGACAUAGACCUCAUGUAAGACUUGGACUUGUAAUUUUGGCAUCUGUGAAUCUAUAAAAGAGGUGCUGCAGAUAGAAGAUCUAACAAAGGUUCACCAGGGUGUUUUUCACUUCAAAUUUGGGCAUGAAAGAAACCUGCCCUACUGAAUAGUGGAUGUUGAAGAAAAGUCAACAUUAGACCUUAGCACCCAGUCUGACUGUGCUGUGCAUCCUGUACACUAGGUGGCAGUGUUCAUCUUUAACACUAGUGUACCAAGAGCCUCUUCAUCUGAAACCUUUCUCUUCAUACAUUCAGAUUCAGAAUCAUCACAGACUGCAUGGAGUUCACCCAAGCGCUUUAUGAUCCCUCUUUUGGACCUGUUCAUCUUCUUUCAGGUGACUGCAGACCACAUUACCAACACUUUCUCCAUUUCACUGUCAUUAGCAAAAAUUUCAAGGUCUUAUCAGGUCCAGGUAUCUCAGAGAAAUAACUCCCAGAGGUGCAACAAAUAAUCAAGUCAUCACCUAAUCCAAUUACCAUUGACUACUCAGACAGCCUGUAAAUAAAGUAGCUGUAGUUGUGGAAGCUAGACAUUUAAGACAAUGAUAUUUGCCUUAGAAAAACAUUAAUAAGAAAUUUUUACCAUUUUCUGACAUUUCAUAGACUUAACAAAUAAGUUAUUGAUUGAGAAAACAGAGUAUUAAAAUGAAUGGUUAUAAUAAUCUAAGUGUUAGUUCUCUUCUUUUGCUUAUCUUUGCCAACACUCAGCAGUUCUCUUAGUCCCCGUGGUGGUUCAAUUUGUUUCUUAGUUUGAUGUUAAUACUUUGCCAUAGCUAAAAAAACAUUUUUAUGUGAUCAGACAGUGAAGUCUACAUAAACUUUGAAGUCAUAAAAUGCCCUACCCAUACAUUACAUGUUGUGACACCCCACAAAUGUGAAGCUUAAAGAGGAGCAGGAAAUGUAUUGUAUAAUUUAUUCACAAAGGAAGAAAGACAUUUAUUUCACGACUGAAAGCUAAAAGUUUAAACAAAACAAAUACUUUAGGGGGGUGAUCUUGGCUCUGACAUGCAGUUCAAGGGGUGUUUUGUUAAGAAAAGCCUCAGUGUUUUGUGGGAAAAAUGUGGCGUGUCACAUCGUCCCACUCUGGGAUGUCCCGCUCUCUGUAUUGGGACAUCUCACUGCGGAUGAUUGAGAUGUUUUUUGCCACAGAAUGCAGUUUUCAUCAAGCACUAGUACCAUUCUGUCUGUGCCAACAUGUUGACUUUAAUUUUGAAAAACUUGGCAGCUUGUACAUAAGCAGUCAUGAAUCUCCCAGCGCAUGCCAAUCUUGCAAGUGUGAUGAAGUGUAUAUAAUGGGACAGUCCCUCAGAAACCAAACAGGUGGGCCUCUGCUCAGGCAGCACACAACAAACACAGAACAAACAGUGCUGUGCAAGAUGCUGAAACAAAAGUUCCUGUUAUGCCAGACCCAUUUAAACAGAGAGGAUCUGUUACAUCUUGGUUCAGUGUCACAAAAUUAAAAUACACCAAAACUUAAAGGGACUAUCAUGCCAGUCUUCACAAAUGCACUUCCAUCAGGUUCACUAGAUUCAGGCUCAGGUGGAGAAAGUGGUGCUCAGUGCCAAGUCAUUUUACUGCAUGGGACUGUCACUGCCAGCAAGAUCUGUCAGCAGUGCUGAGCAGUGCACAGUUGGUGACUUACCCCAUUGUUUUAGUGAAUUCAGACUGUCGCAGUAGGCAGGGUUGUUGCUUUUUUGAAAUUCUGAUCAUGCAAAAACAGUUGUUUUUCAGUUAAUGACUAAACUCCUGUUUAUUCAAAAACACAGCUCACUAAAUGAGGACUUCUGAUGGCACUAUUUCGACACUAUUAUUGGUUAUUUCAAAAACCUUACUGUAUGGAGAAAAAUUCCCCCCUAAUUGUCUCACUGCCUGCAACCUUAAUAAAAGGACAGUGAGCAGCAGCAGCUGCAGCAGUGGUUCUGAGCUGAGCUGUGCAAGAGAGCAGCCGACUGUGACUCUCCCUCUAACGCACACUCACACAGACUGAAAUAAAAGCUCAGUCACUAGAUGAAGCUGUUGGCUGAAGGCUUCAGGUCUCACUGCGCACUGACGAUGGAGCAGCUUACAUGAACAGCGCUCACACUGACAAACACGCACAUAUACACUAAACAGUGGGAACAUGUCGCAGUACACCCUGCCAGGUAGGUGCUCUAAUUUUUUAUAUUGAGCUUGUUUUUACUUAUUUUGUUCAGUUUCUGAUAUCUGUGUGGCGAGUUUUAUGUUUAAUUUCAGCUCUUCUGGCACCCUUCUAAAAAGGCACCUUGGGAAAAUUAUCGUGCUGUCAGUUUCUUAUUUAAAACAGAUUUUAUGUUUGCAGAAAGCUGGAGUUGAAGGGGGACAUAGACUUAUUUAAUGCUAUCUGCCAACUGGGACGUGAACUGUGCAGAGAUGCUGCAGCUUCUUAAAAGGAGCCUAUACGUUUUUUUGGACAACUUUCUCAAUAUGGAGUAAAAGUUUUCAAGUCAUUGUGUAUCAGUCAUCAUAAUCAAUACAGAUGCAUGUGCACACAUUUGCUGGUGCACUGCUCUAAAGCUAGAUUUCUGCAUAAAGUGCUGAAUUGGCAGAGCUCAGAUUUCCACAUUACCUGCUGUGGUUUCCUAACAUUCCUGCUGCAUCAUGCCCCUCUGUACUUUAAUCUCUUAAUGGAGGCUCUGUGAGGAGCUGCACCAGCAGGCUCUUUGACCAAGCUGAAAUGAAUCUGCAUGGAGAGUUGGUACUUAACCUGCCAGUGGACAAAUCUUGAUGAAAAUACCUUCCAUGCAGCUUUUUAUUAUUUGUACAGUCUGUUCUGGAGAAAAUAUUAUACAUUUCAUCCACAUCACUGAAAAUAUCAGAUAUUUCAACUUUUAGUUUCUGAUUAAACAACUCAAACAAUGUGCUUUACCCAAAACUACAUAUUUCUCCAUGUCAGUUAAGAGAAAGAGGUAAACAUCACAGCAAUCCUUCUUUAUCAGCAGUGGAUACUCUCUAUAUUUAUGCUUUUUUUUUCAGUUUUUCUCUUUCUUGUUGGUCGCCAUUGUCACUGCAUGAAGCUCACAGCUUUUCAGGCUUGUUUUCACUCUGAUGCAGCAGUGUGUCUGAUGUAUGAGUCACCCCAGCACAGCCUCAUUAUAUGACGUUAAAUGGGCAUCAGGGUUCAGCCUUAACGGCUUCAAUCUCUGGAUAUCUGGCAGCACAUCUCUGGUUUCAAACAGCCCGAGUGGCUCCAAAUACUUUCAACUUUAUUCUGAUAUUCCGCUGUUGUUGUUUUUUUUUAUUUUAUGUCUGCUUAAUUCAGGUUGCAAAGCUUAACAUCAGAGAAAUCCAAAUGAAACACAUUCAAAAGCGUGAGGGUGUUUUCAUUACAUAACAUUGUUAAACUCGUGCUUCUGACCAUGCAGAAAAGAUGCUCAUAUUGGCCUAAGUAAUUGGCACUGAUGCAUCGCAUGUGCACUGCAACUGCUCAGCUGUGACUUUACCAUUUAUACAAUUAUGUUUAUAAGCCUGAGACAUUUCCUCUUUAAUCUUAUCAAGAGCACAGAGUGCAGACACAACAAGAUAACGCUGAGAUGAAGAUGCCCAGUAAUGUUACAUAAUGAAUUCAGCUUUCAUGAAUUGAUUUGCUUUCUUUGCCUUACUGACAGAUCUCUCACUCAAAACAAAACUGAUUUAAUUCAUUAUGUCUAACAAAUACUUUGUCCUGGUACCUUGUUUUUUCCUGUUUGUGUUUUUUUCAACUUGUUUCCUUAUUACUCACAUAUUCACUUCAUCUCACUGUCUGCUGAUCCUCAUUAAUCCCACCAACACCAAAUUAAAUUGCCUUAAUUGGACCCUUUGUUUUCUGUGUGUCUAGUUCACCUGCAGAUCCUGCUGGCUGUGGGUCUGGCUGUGUUCUGUUACUGCCUGGUCCUCUGCUGCGUUGUUUGCUGUCGCAGAAAGAAGAAGAGUAUUCCCUCAGAGGAUAAGGAGGCGGUCUAUCAGUCGCCCCAUCAAUCUGAGAGAGUGACCGUCACACUGACUCCAUCUUUGUGCACGCAGCCUGUCAAGCAGCAGUACGAGGAGCUAGAUGGAGAUGUGCUGGAGUUCCCGUACUCUAAAAGUAGCUCCUCUCCCUCUGAGGAUGACCUCCCAGCGCUGCCCUUUGACCCUAGCCCCAACCAGUCAGCUGAGCAGGUGCAGUCCCCAGUCUCUUCCUUCCCGAUGCGGCGCCUCAGCACCCCAGCAGUUCCCUGCUCACCCAGUAAACGUCCAACUCACGGCAGAGCCUCGCUACCCUCCCUCACUAAGCUGAGCCUGGUAUCAAAGUCUCGCCGGGCUGUGGGUCGCCGUAGCACAGUGAGCGGGGUAAAUUUUCUUUACAGCGAAAGCAGCCAGUUAACCGCAGGGGCUACUGGAGCCUCCAUCCAGCAGGGGGAAGCAGGUCUGUCCCAGUAUGGCUCUAACUCCCUCCCUGUCCCAUCAAAGUCAGCUCCCCUCCUGCACUUCUCCCUGCUCUUCUCCUCCACCAGUGGUUCCCUGGUGGUCAACAUCAUGGGGCUCUCAGGGGCCAGUCGGAGGCGCAGCGGGAUGUUUGUGAGGGCCAGCCUCCCUCCCCUCUGCCCCUCCCCUCAGCAGGUAGCAUCCCGGCGUCGCAGCCUCAGCCCGGACCUGCACAGCCAGAACUUUGUGCUGCAGGUUGGGUCUGUGGAUGAGCUGCGCACCUGCACCCUGAGACUGGCAGUGUACAGCAGAGACUUCUCGGGCCUGAGAGAGGCUGCUCUGGGUGUGGUGGAGCUGCCCUGUGAGCACAUGGAGUGGGAGCCUGACACCACCACCACCUACACCAGGCAGCUCAUCCCGACUAAAAGCAAGCUGAAAAAGGUACGUGGGGAUGGGAUCCUUUUAUUCAUCUGAAUUCAAAGGACUGUUUUGCAUAAUUUUAUUGAAUUAAACACACCAAAGCUCAGUAAAAGCAUCAUAACAGUGCAGAUUCAUAAUACAUAACUUCACUCAACUACAGAACCAAAAUAAACUCAAUAACCCUGGUAAAAGUUUCUGAAGAAAAAUUGAUGACAUCCACGAAAUAGACUUAAAUUUAUCCUGAUGCCUUUUCAUAAUAUCCAAACGCAAACAAGACCGUCUAUUUUCAGGUGGUUCAAUGUCUAAUUAGUCUGCACAAACAGGCCUCCAGUAUAAAUAUGUAUCAUGUAAGUUUAUCCAUGAAGGAAUGUUGCUCUAAUCAGUCCUUUCAUUAGCCAGUACUCCUCUGUUGUUUGUCAUGGCGACAUUGUUGUUAGCGACUGCACAGCAAACAAGCACAGUGCAGAAAAUUGGCAGAGCGCUCACGCUGUGUGCCCUCUGAAACAAAGCCAGAGGGCAUUAAUAACAGGGUUUGAAGGCAGGGUCCUGAUGUUUCACUGGACAUUACUCAAUCAGGCAGACUUUUGCCAAGAAGUUGUGCGGUGUGUGUGUUUAAAUUCUCCAAUUUACACUUCAGGGCAAGUCAGAGUCAGGUGCACUUACCUCUGUCCUCCUUGUUGCUACCCAUGAAAGGUGCAUCCUCCCCUCCGCAGACACACACAUCAUCCCCCUCCUCUUUGUCAUUGACGACAGUUUCCGGGUGUCAGUGUGGUUGUGUAGCAGGAGCAUGCUGAGAUAGAGCGGAGCUGCUCAGCAAUCCGGAUAAUUCUUUAAGGAGAGGGUGUGUAUUCAGAGGAUGUGCAGCAGUGACUUCACUUAAUGGAUUUGUUGUGGGGGAAAAAAGGGGGAGGGGAAGCGAGGAGGGGGGGCAAUCAGCGUAAUGGGACCAGUCAGAGUAUUGAUGGUUCUCCAUGUGCAGUGCGUGACUUAUUUUGACAUUUCAUAGGAGUGGGGAGCAUGAUGUGGCAGAAAAUUUCAGGGCUGUGCACUUAAGCGUGAGAACAGUCUGAUCACGACUCUCUGGUAGUCAGAAUGAUCAGCAUUAACUUUUGGGAUUUACUGUGCAUGAAAACUCGUUAUUUUUGAUCAUGGUCCUUAACAGUCUGCUUUCAGUUUUCAACCAAUAAACUUUGGACCAAUGAACUGAUAAAAAAAAUACUUAUAGUUGUAGCAGUAAACUUUAUAGAGGUGACAAGGAUCCUGUCUGAAUCAGUUUGCGUAUGGACUGAGAUAAUGCUUGGCGUGGUAGAUGAUAACCUCUUAUACUUAGACUCUCAUCCCCAAACAGUUUCUUGCCUUUUUCCAGUAAGACAUCUUUGACAGACAAUGAGAUUUUUAAAAAGUACUCCACUUAGUCCACUGUUUUCUGAUGGCAUUGCCUCUGGAUACAACUGCCAACUUUAGGGGCUUGAUCCAGCCAGCAGUUAGUGAGAAAGACACCAGGCCAUCACUGCAUGCUGCAUCAUUUACUGUCCCACCAGAAAUAUGAGACCAGAGAGUAGAGUUUGAGUUCAGAGAGAUCUCUGUGCAGAUGUUGGCUGCACUUGUAUGCGUAUUUCAUUUCUAAGUGUUUGAAGCAAGUCCGUCUUCAAAUUAUUUACCGAUUAAUGAUUUUAAAGAAGCCCUAUGAAUGGACCUGCAAACAUACAUUUCAUUUACUCCAUUUCAUGUCUUGAGGAGCAGUUUGUUGUCCUCAGAUCUCAACUCUUUUGCUCGUACUGAAGUAUCUAAGCUGGUUUGUAAUUUCUAAUAUUCCUCCUGCCUGGUUGUUUUGACAAUAAAGAGACUUGUUUCUUCCAGUAACAGGAUAAAUUUCCUUGAGAACCCAGAAAACAAAGCAAUAGAUUAGGAACUGUGAUAGAGCAGAUGACAACAAUCUGUGCCUCCAAAAUUCACACUAAUGAGUGAAGUUCAGUCUAGUUUUUGGUUUGUGUGGAGCUUUCGCAACUCUAGGGAUACUGGUUAUCUUAAGUUAGGAUGACGUACUCAAAUACAGGGAAACCAGUGAUUCAUAUUAAAUGAUAAAUGAAUUGAUAGGAAAGCACCUGAAAAUUGCUCAUUUUUAAAGGAUGAUGGAGUAAAUAAAACAAAUGGCCACUCAGGGCUUUUAUAUGCUUGUUAUUUUCCUUUUUUAAAUUAUGUUUUAUUUUGCUCUCCAUGCACAGUGACUUUCUCACUGCUGAAGUGCUUGUGUGUAAUGUUAUUUGAACUAAAAAUGGCCAAAACCAAAUGCAGACCACUGCAGCUUCUGUCUGCAGAAUCUGUGAAACUCAUAAACCAUGUUGACCUGGUGCUCAGGCUCCUCAUAUUGAGCAAACACAGUGUCUUGGAAAAGGCUAUCAUUUUCCAUCCUCCCAAAGAAACCUUGAGGCGAGUUUUCUUUCUCUUUUUUUUCCAUCAGUAAGUUAUUGCAUUAUAAAAGAAGAGAGAUGUUACAUGGUAAAACCCUUAAAUGGCUGACAGGUGAAGUCCCGAUGUGCUGGGCAGCCUGAUGUUAAUGAGAAGUCAUUGCUGAUAAAAUAUGAAUUUUCUGUCAAUCAUACUUGGAUAGAUUAAAGUGAAACCUUGGGGAGGAAUUUGUCUGAAAUUACUUGUCCCCCCUCUCCUGGAGCGUCCAUGCUCUGGAGACCACGGAUGACUCAUACUGUGUAAUCAGAAGAGACUCUUAUGUAACACAAGAUUUCUGGAGGGGACAGAGUCACCACGUAAUACCGAGCCUCUGCAGAGUCUGCAAAAAUGAGCGAAAAUAUAACGUUUGAUUUUAUUUCUUGGUGAAGAAGCAGAAUUUUAGUCAUGAUUCUUUUUGCAUAAAAGUAGAAGAAAAUUUCUGAUGGUUUCCAGUAUUGAGGAUGAAAAACCGUUUUAUUUCUAACCAGUCUCAAACUGAACUGUGUGAUACCUGCUGUUUUUAAUGAAAAUAGGAACAUUGCAAAACAGUAUGUUCGUGACAAAUUCAGUUUGGUUGCACCUUCAAGACAACAAACUGUCAUCGUAAAUUGGCAUUUUUGCAUACUUUGGAGUUUUUUAGGAAUUUAUACAAAGGAGUUGCAACAUAAAAUCUUGAAGUGAAGUUUAUUGAGAACGACAGUCCCCCAGCUGGGGACUUGAAGAAGCUCUUAGCAGACACUGCAACAAUGCACAAAUUAAGAAAGAAUAUACAGAAGCACAUCUAAUUAAACAGCUUUUUCCACAUGCCCUAAACACAGUUUAAAUAACAACUUAAUAAAUGAUCACAUAUCAAAUUCCAUACACUGCUUUGACAACCGUCACAGCACUUAAUGCAGAACACCCGACAUACACCUCAAAUGAAUGCAGAGAGUCCACAAAUCCCAAAGAUAAACACCAAAGCGCUCUACACCAAAGCACCAAAUUAUGUAACUGAUGUAAAUAGCUUUUUGGUUUAACUGUGUUUGACAGUUUGUAUUGUCACAGACAGGAUUACAGUUUGAUAGAGGUAAAUCUGCCCCAUUUGGAUUCAACAUUCGGUUGUUUUGUGUGUUGGUUUUUGGGAUGGGGAAUAUGUAGAGGUCUGGUUUUCAUAAACAUGUCAAAAACUGUUGUAUUUGGGUGCAUUGAACCCAAUCAGUGAUACUCAAAUGAAAUACAUAGUUUUAUACUUUAUCAGAGUCAACCUUUGCAGAGAUAAUGUUCACAUACUGUACUAUGAUGUGACAAAGGUUUAGAGCUGUAGCUGCAUUGUUCCAAAGUGAUCCUCUUCCUUAAAGGGCUUUGUUUUUGAGGCGAACCUGAUUUGUAACACAUAUACUGAUAUUUACACAUCUUACACAUAAGUUGCAGUGAAUAAUCGCCUCCCCCUAAACAGCUUAGGAAGUGAACAUUAUCAGCUUGAAGCUCCGGUUUGCUGAAAGGUGGAAAACAAAUUUCCUUCUAUAACUUUAAGGUCUGUGUUUGCAGAACAACGUCUCUGUCUGAGAGGCGGUGUGACUGUAAGUGACAAUCCAGUCUCUGAGGUGACAGACAGAAGCAGUGAACCGAACCUCACUUGUUGGAUCAAAUUGUCUUCACACACUGCUGCCCGGCUCCAGAAAGGCGCUGGAGGGCGAACACUCAGCCAGAUGACUCACCAAAUCCGAAGCCAUACAAGCAAAUGAGAUCUGACGUGAAAUCAGAUGGAAAUUACUCUGGUUCUCACUCUGGCUUUCUCAUCUAUCCACAGAGCUGCAGUGCAGGAACAUAUCAAACCAGUAAAAACACUUUAACGCUGAAAGCUGUGUUUAACUUCAUCCCAAAUGACCAAUUAGCUUCAAAAUGUGAUCAGACUUCAGCCCAGCUGAGCUCCUCAGGCAGGUCCAUCUAUGGUGCCUCAUGAAUAAAAUACUGAUCUAGAUUGGAACCCUUAACUACUCCUACACUUUGGUGGGCAAUCAUUCAUAACUAAUUUCUUAGAGAAGGAACUGGAACAAUAAUUGGGUAAAUUUCUUAGCCAUCAUUGACACCCUACAGCCCAAUCUGCUUCUAUUUUCUCAGUUUCUUUUCUGAGAUUCAUCUCACUUCUUUUCCUUUAGAUGAGAGGAACAUCUGCAGAGUGAAAGAGGACAUUUUCCCCCUUGCUGUAUCCCACAUUUUCCUUUAUUCCUCUGUCUUCUCCUUCCCUCAGAGUGUGAGUUCUCAGGAGGCACUUGGUCACAGGAAGAGCUCAGUGUGUGUGCCACGGGCUUUGGGCCAACUCUUCAUCCUGCUGCAGUACCAGUCUCUGGCAAACCGCAUUAAGGUGAUGGUCCGAAAAGCUGAAAAUCUGGCCAAGCUCACACGGAUACCAGGAGCUCCAGGUAAAAACAAUAUCCUCAACAAACAGAAAUAACUUGUUAUUGAAUUCCCUGGUGUUUUCAGCCUUUAAAAAGCAAAGCGGGACCUCUUUCAUGGUUGCUUAUUUUGUCCUCUGCAAGUGUAAGGAGUGUUUCAUGAGAAGGAUCACAUCCUGUUUUCUUUUAACACUGAAGUGAGUCACCGCUGGGAAUAUUUCCUGUGAAAAAAGAAGAAAGGGCUGUUUCUGGACGCUGUAAAUCAUCGUUUUAAUACCUUCCUCCCUGCAGUAGCUACAGGCACUAAAAGCCACGAGUGUUAGAUGGAUUAUGAAGCUUUGUAGCUGUCUUUAAUGUUGUACCAAAAGAUAAGACGCUUUGAAGCUUCAAACUUGGCAUAUACAUGAUGACAUCUCUGGAGCUUGCAGCUAAAGCUAGCUCUUUUUGAAAGGAUCCAACGUAUCAGUCCAGCUCACCGAUAUUUGUAGUUAUCGUCUGAAGCCUAAAGUAUGAGGAGGUGUUGAUCUUAUACCGUUUCCUAAAUUCUUCUCUCACGGGCUUUAACUUUGUGUCUGUAGUUGACCUAUGUGGUCAGGGUGAUCGAAAAAUCCUUAAUCUACCAGCCGCAAGAGGACGAAAACGUUUUUUACAAGUUUUUUGGAAACAUGUAGGCAACUGAUUCUGACUUGAACACAUACAUCAUAAUGUUAUUUUCUUGUAGACUAUAAACACAGCUAAUCUAUACUAGUAACACUCAUUAAUUUGCCCAUGUAGUUCAACUGACCAUCAGCACCAGACCAUUGUAUCUCUUUCUUGAACUGUGUCACAGGCUAGUCCCUUUUGGAGUUUGAUAAAGCAGGUAGCUGACAGUAGAUUAAGUAGAAAUAUCUUGUAAACAAAUGCAUGCAGGAGUUAAAAUUAAUGAAAUCCAAGGCUAAAGAGCCACAGCAUCAGCCUGAAUAUUGAACUCAUUAUGUCCAAGAUUAAAAUCAGAAAUCAGUUAGCAGGUCUGCUGCCCUUAAUCUGUACAGUGCUUCAUCGUGGUGUCAGUCUAAGAGCCAACUGGGGAGAGGCAUACAGUGCUUUCAAUAAAAAAAUAAUUAAAAAUAGACUCUAAAUAGACCCCUAACCCUAAACCCAUUAACUAUGUCAGAACCUAAAAUAUGAAAACACAUAACUGCAGAUGCUGCGGCUGUAUUCCUGUCCUCUGUAUAUGCAGAAAAGUCUUUUACAGUAGCUGAUGCAGAAGGAUCUUGCAGUUUCCCUGCAGGAAGGGCAGGACAUUCAGCAGCAUCUGUUUACUGCCUUUUAUUGUUUUCCUUUGAAACUGAAACAAAACUGUUGCUUUUGAGGAGCUGUAGCAGCACUGGCAUCUUUCUCCUCCUCAAUCGGCACCACCAGUGUUGCAGAGCUGGGUUUGGUUUGAAGAUGCUUCUUCAAAUGUGAGAUAGAGUUCUUAGCAGGGGACCAGCUUUAGUCCUCCAGGCCCAGCUUACAUUUCACUGUCUUGUUGUUAUUUUCCCUUGGACCCAGAAACUCAAACUAAAAGGAAUAUUUCCACAAAGUAAACCAUGGUCACUCUGCCAUCUCAAUCAAGCUCGAGCUGAACUUGCUGGCGUUGCAUGUGCCGUGACAUGCAGCAAUCGUAGGUUUACCUCCACUGGUGCACAGCUUCUUGUCAUGAAAGUAUGGAAACAGAAAUAGUGCAAAUGCUUCAGGGCUUUUCUGUUUAGAGAUGGCAGAGGAAAAAAUGCAGCUCUUUUUCAGAAAUUCGUGAAAAAGUAGCCAUGUUAUGGGUUUUCUAAAUUGCUGAUAAUGGGUUAUGUAACUCUUCAUAUCAAAAAAGUAAUCAAAGUCUUCGUGCAGCUUUUUUUGUGAUGCAUGUUAUAAUUAUAAGCUGAAAGAAAGCUAAAACUUGAAAGGGCACACUGGCUGCCAUGUUAACUCCUUCUAUCCUCUUGUAGUCUCCUCUAUUGCCUCAUCCAGACAGAGUGGCCCCUGACUGUCUGACUGUAUAAUCAGAUUAAACACUCUCCAGCCUGUCGUCAUUUCCCCUUCAGUCUGUAUCAAAUCUCAACACAUCUCAUUCAAAGCUCUUCUGUGUUGGUGCUGGAGGGGAGAAGAAAAACACAAUACUGUAACAGAUAAGGGUUUUAUGUUUUGUUUUACUGUACUCAAAGUAUUAGUACACACAAAACUACAGAUAGACACUGUCUGCAGAUGCGUGAUUAUUGUCUGACAGUGACACACUGAGUUUUAAUUUUAGUAAAUCCAAUUAGCAUGGCAGGCUGGGUUUACAAGAGUAUCCUAAUUAGAAGAGAUGAUGCAGAUUAGAGCAGUGAGGAUUAUUAAUAUAUUGACAAGCAUAUCAGUUGUUUUCUAAACUAAACACAGGAAGUCUAUUUUCAAACCCAACUAACAAGAGGUGGCAGCCUGGCUUAGUGGGUACAUGUGGUUACACGUCACAUUUAACACAGCCACUGUGGGUUCUGCUCCAGACCUCAACAUCAACCCUUCAACCCUCUGCCUGUCCUCACCCACUCUCUCCUCACCACGAUCCCUGACUACAAAAGGAUUGAAAGCCCCCUCAGAAUAACUUAAAAACAAUCAUGUUUAAGUAUCAAUGCUUUAUUUUUUAACCUUCCUGUGAAGACAUCAUGAUACAGAACAAAUGAACUAAAAUCAAUCUGUUUUCCGACAGACCACUAUGUUGUGAUCAACCUUCGCCAAGAUGGGAAAGUCAUCGGAACCAAGGAGACUAAAGGGGUGAGCGGUCCAAACCCAGUGUGGAACGCUCCCUUCCUGUUUGACCUGCCCCCUGGUGACAUCACUCAGCUGCCAUUGGUACUCGAGUUCAUCGUCAUGCAGGUAGAAUUUCUAUGUCUCUCAUAUGGAUCACACAUUAACCAGAGAAAAGCAGUAAAGUUUUUUGAAGUAUGAGGUGCGUUGUAAUAGUAUUACCAACAGGGGGUGUCAGUGAGCUUGGCCUCUUCAAGGAUAGCCUGGGUAGAGUAAUGAGAUCUUAACACUGGUUGCCACCUACCUAGCAGCCUUUUAAAAUUAAUGAAUGAACUAUCAAUUCAUUUUUUUUUAACAAUUAGAAAAUGUUAAGUGUCAAGUUGAUGAUGUUUCAAUUCAGUCACAUUAUGUUUUUGUGUUUCCUCAGGGCCGUCUCUACACUAAGAGCAGUGUUCUGGGCCGUGUUCUGAUUGGUGGAGAUGUUUCGGAGGCUGGACAGGGACACUGGAAGGAGAUGUGCAGUCGGGGGCAAACAGAGACAGCUCGCUGGCACAACAUCCAGUCAGAGUGACUGUUUUUUUUUUUUGUUUUUUUUUCACAGCUUAAGCGUUGAUUUAUUUCUGUGGUGAAAAUCUGGUAGCUAUGCGCAGCUUUGACUGUUCUUCAUGCCAUUUGCUAACGGUAGUGGUCAUAAGUGGAAUCAGAGGCUGUGCUGACAUUUUUUUAAGAAGAGUCAGAUAUCAGACACACAUCCACGAGUUUCUGCAGUGUUCAUGAGGAUAAGCAGUGAUGACUCUUCAUCUCCACAUUGCCUUGUAGUUAUUUAUGUCAGUAUAAGUGUGUUAUUCCAGCUGUAUGAAACUUGUGCUGACGUUGUAGUGCUGUUGUGUUGUGUCCAGAGGCUACAAGUGUUCAUUUGAACCAAAACUUGAUGUGGAAAUUGCAGCAUCGCAAAGCAUUUCUAUGUUUUUAUUCUGCCUGAGGUUUGUUGUGCUGUAUUUCUGUGCCUGUAUUUGUCCACAUGCUGUAACUCUCUUUGUACUAACAUACUUGAGGCUGAUACUGUGGUCUUAGUGUGUAUGUGAGAGACUAUUUUAUUUGUUCCUCUUUCAUAGAUAUUUGAAAGAUUUGUUCUCUGUAGCUACAAUAAACCUGAGGGACCAGUUGUGAA